CUUAAUGUUUGUAGCGAGGAAAAACAAUUAAAUCAAUACGGCGUCGUAUUAACCACACAAAUCAACCAAAAUCUCUAUUGAUCACAAUUUCAUAUUGCAGACAUCAGAUCCAUUUCACAAUCUCCCACUCACCCUGCUGCACAAUCGCCUUUCUCAAAUCAUGGCUGCAUCUGCAAGAAUCAACGUAACAAUGAUGAUGGUGAUGAUAGCUUUAGCAAUCUCUCUUUAUUGGGAUUCGGCUUCAGCUUCAUCUUUGGGUGAGUUUGUUGCCAAGACUAUUGACUCUCACAAGAUUGUCAUCUUUUCCAAGACCUAUUGUCCGUACUGUAAAAAAGCAAAAGCUGUUUUCAAAGAAUUGAACCAAGUUCCAUAUGUUGUGGAGCUUGAUGAGAGAGAUGAUGGUUCAAAGAUUCAGGAUAUUUUGACUAAUAUUGUUGGAAAGCGUACUGUGCCGCAAGUUUUCAUCAACGGGAAACACAUUGGCGGAUCAGAUGAUACUGUCGACGCAUACGAGAGCGGGCUUUUGGCUAAACUUCUAGGAAUUGAGACCGAGGAUCACGAUGAUCUCUGAAUCAGAUUAUUUUUUUUAUGAGGAAAAAAAUGUGAUGGAUUUUGAUUAGGGAAAUCUUUGGUGCAAUGCUAAGAAUCAAGAUUGUAUUUUGUGACAGUAUGAGUGUUUUACACAUAAAGGGCCUGAUAUGAUUAUAGUUUGGUACAGUGAAAGUUUUCAUUUAUAAAAUGUGAUGGAUAGUCUUCUAAUUUUCA